AUGGCGCAGCGGAGGGCGAUGGAGCGCGGGCCUUGCCAAGGGGCGGCGGAGAGCGCCAGGCACCAGCGGCAGCUUCUAGAAGGGAAAGCUCAGGCGGAAGGUGGAUCAGCUCGGACAUCACUUCUUAUUUUAGUGUCCAUCUUCUUAUCAGCUGCUUUCCUUAUGUUCCUCGUAUAUAAAAAUUUCCCACAACUUAGUGAAGAAGAAAGAGAAUGUAUAAAGGUUCCUAGAGAUAUGGAUGAUGCAAAGGCAUUGGGGAAAGUCUUGUCCAAAUACAAGGACACGUUUUAUGUUCAAGUGUUAGUGGCUUAUUUUGCCACAUAUGUUUUCUUGCAAACAUUUGCUAUCCCUGGGUCUAUAUUUCUCAGUAUCCUGUCAGGGUUUCUUUAUCCCUUUCCACUGGCCUUAUUUCUUGUUUGUCUGUGCUCAGGACUUGGAGCUUCAUUCUGCUAUAUGCUUUCAUACCUAGUGGGACGUCCUGUUGUAUACAGAUAUUUAACAGAAAAAGCAGUAAAAUGGUCAGAACAGGUUGAAAGACACAGAGAACACCUCAUUAACUACAUAAUAUUUUUGAGAAUAACACCUUUUCUUCCCAAUUGGUUUAUCAAUAUAACAUCUCCUGUAAUUAAUGUGCCAUUGAAAGUAUUUUUCAUUGGCACUUUUCUAGGUGUGGCACCACCAUCUUUUGUAGCCAUUAAGGCAGGAACAACGCUCUACCAACUUACAACAGCAGGGGAAGCUGUUUCCUGGAACUCUGUUUUUGUUCUCAUGAUUCUAGCCAUCCUCUCCAUCCUACCAGCUGUCUUCCAGAAGAAACUGAAACAGAAGUUUGAAUAAGGAUCAAACUGGACCAGAAUUUCCCAUACUUCAUCUCAGGAUCAGCACUUCUGAUAUUUGUAUAUUUGCUUUUUUAUUGGAUCUUAAGCAAUUAAAGGGGAGGCUUGUAAUUGAUAAGAAUGUCUUUAAAUGAACACGUGGCCUAAAAUUGAAGGAACUGUGUUCAGAAAUGUACUGCAUAUAGUUUUGUAACCAAACCAUCAGUGUUUUACUUUGGGAAGGGGUGUGUGUGGCCCUCAGUAUGAGGAAAGUGAAAACACAGGUGUAACACUUUGCUCUGAUUACAUGCAGAGCAAAAAUUGUAAUGUAGACAUAAACUGCAGAUAAUGCUUUCUAAAACUUACAGGAAAAAAACCCUUCAUUAUUCAGUCCAAUUUUGUAACAUUCUCUGUAGGCUUGCAUGUGAUCUGGUCUGAGUACAUUUCUCAUCAACAAUAUUUCUCUUCUUUUUUUGCCUUUGCGAGUUCCAAAAUAAUAGCAUAAUAUAAUAACGGUGCUCACUCAAACAAAGGUUUUUCGCAGUACUU